CAUCUUCAGUAGUGCACACUACAGCACUCAGUAGUCAGCACUCCACUACAGCACUCAGUACUCAGCACCGACUACAACCCUGAGGCUCCGACUAGGAUUUUCUCCCGAUAGCUGAAGGAUUAUUUUGUGUCUUUUCCUCAUCAUUUUGACUUUAUUCUACCUCUGUUUCGACUUUUGCCCCAUUUUCUCUGAGGAUGUCGGUGGCGGGUUUGAAGAAGCAGUUUCAUAAAGCCAGUCAGUUACUGAGUGAGAAGAUAAGUGGUGCUGAAGGGACAAAGCUCGAUGAGGAUUUCAUGGAGAUGGAGCGGAAAAUAGAUGUCACCAACAAGUCUGUGUUUGAGCUCCUAACCAAAACCACAGAAUACCUCCAGCCAAACCCAGCAUCACGAGCCAAACUGGGGAUGCUGAACACCAUGUCAAAGAUCAGAGGACAGGUAAAGACCACUGGUUACCCACAGACAGAGGGGCUUCUGGGAGAUUGCAUGCUCCGGUACGGCCGUGAACUUGGAGACGACUCUACGUUUGGUUGUGCUCUGUUGGAUGUGGGCGAGGCUAUGAAACAAAUGGCCGAUGUUAAAGACUCGCUCGAUAUCAACGUGAAGCAGAACUUCAUCGAUCCGCUGCAGACACUGCAGGACAAAGACCUGAAGGAGAUUGGGCAUCAUCUAAAGAAGCUGGAGGGACGGCGGUUAGAUUACGACUAUAAGAAGAAGCGUCAAGGCAAGAUUGCUGAUGAUGAAAUCAAGCAGGCUGUGGAGAAGUUUGUGGAGUCCAAGGAACUUGCCGAGAGGAGCAUGUUCAACUUUUUAGAAAAUGACGUGGAGCAGGUGAGUCAGCUAGCAGCUCUGAUCGAGGCAGCACUGGAGUAUCACCGUCAAUCCAGCGACAUCCUGGAGGAACUCAAUGGCAAAUUACAGAGCAGGAUAAACACAGCAAGCUGUAAACCUAAGAAAGAGUUCAAGCCAAAGUCCAUCAUGUCCAGCCUGGAGGCCAUCAACAGCAAUCAGCAUAAUGGUGUCUCCUACACUUCCUCUCUAAAAUCCACAGAUAUUCAAGUGAAUCACAGUGUAAAUGGAAAAAUUGAUUACAUCAGCCAUCCACCUCCCAUCAGUCCAGCGUGGUCCGAAAGCCCCAGUGUGAACAGUCAGACGGAGCUGCACAUGGACCAGCCGUGCUGCCGCUCGCUGUACGACUUCGACCCUGAAAACGAAGGGGAGCUCGGCUUUAAGGAAGGAGACAUCAUCAUCCUUACCAAUCAGAUCGACGAGAACUGGUACGAAGGGAUGAUCAACGGCGAGUCAGGCUUCUUUCCCAUCAACUACGUCGAGGUCCUAGUUCCCCUACCGCAAUGAGGCUAGUAACACUGACUCUGUACAAGAGACACAAUCUAUGGAAGCUUCAUCUUUUACUGCUUUAUUUUUCAGCAUCUAAGUGUAGUGAGUCAAGACAACUGGAAUUGAAUUAUAAUCUUGAUGAGUUGAGAAACGUCUCAAAAGUUAGAACAAGUCCAGUCACCUUGAUUCAUUAUUUCUAGACAUUUAGUGAUGGAUGCCUGAAAAACCUGGUAGGCUUUAUUUUUCAGUAUUUAUUUCUCUUUUAUACGCAGUAUCCUGUGUGCGCUUCUGAUUUAGCCUUUGGCAUAUGUUCAGCACUCCUUUUUUUCAGCUAUGUGGAUGGAUAGCUCCCUAUUUUUUGUUUUGUAAUUUUUUUUAUUCUGGUUUGUAUGUGGUUUAGAGGUUUGAGUGCCUGCACUGAGCUUACAUGCCAUCGAAACACAAUUGAUAAAAAUGUGAGUAUCUGUACUGCUACUCAUGGGAAUGUUUAUCUCCCCAAGUACUUAAUCUCUCUCUUGUGCACUGGCUCUUUUUUUCUGUUUACAUGUGACUUACUGUGAUUAUCUGGAAUCAUGACAGCAGUAACAAAUGUUAUAUUGGAAACGAUGCAGACAUUGAAGUACAGGGUGGGCGAUGUGGCAAAAAUAUCACAUCACAAUACUUUUCUCAUAAUGCACAGUAUUUAUUGUCACUGAGGUUUUGUUCAAAAUCUUGCCAGCAGCAAAUUAAGAGAAAAUGAAACAAUUGGUUAAAAAAAGGAUAAUCAGCUACCAGUUAGCUCCGUGUUACUGUAACAGUAGAGAGAGUAGGUCAGUAAAAGGCAGGGGUUUUCAGCCUGGUUUGCACAGUGACCCCAUUUUAAAGGACCAAAAUUCUCACCAUAAAUAAACAAAAUGUGCAAAUAUCUGUUAAUAUUAUAAACAUGCACUACCACUCUAUAAGAUCACUUAAAGUUAAUCUGUGGAGAGCGUAGCCAGAGCACACUGCUGCUGCAGUAGGCUACAGAAAACAGACUGCAGUAUCGCCCAUGUGUUGUUUAGAUUCUGGUCAGACGCUGCAAAAUAUAUAAUAAAUAUUGUAUUUUGUAGUGUUCCUAACUAGGAAGUAUGACGAUGCAGUGGAAGAUAUUUUUAUUUUAAAUAGUGGUUCUGCAUGUCAAGGGUCUGUUGUGAAGGCCACUUUGUUUAACAUUGCAUUGGACGUUGUGUGAAAAGCUAAUGGAAUUAGAAUCAUUAUAUGACGUUAAUUUGACGUUCAAUUCUUAUUUCAAAAUCAUUCCAUAAAUCAAGUUCAUGUGCAUAGAGCUACAUUAUAAAUUUUGGUUGGUAAAAAUCUCCUGCGACCCCAUCUGACCCCAAGGUUGAGAGCUGAUGGUGUAAGGACUAUUGUAUAAUAUGGUAUUUCUCAAUCCUGGUCAUGGAGUAUCACUGCCCUACACGUUUUUCUGUUUUUGUGUUUGUUUCACUUGGAGUCUUUUGUAGUAAAUCUGUUCUUCAUCAGUGUCAUGCAGACUGGCUAAUGUUGUUUAGGACACAUGGGAUCUAAUGGUUUGGUAUUAACUGUCUUCAUGCUGUGAGACAUAAUGUUUACACUCAGUCAUCAUAACUUUUAUGAUCAUAUCUAAUCAGCCAGAUGCUAACUCGCAGUUCUGGUACAUGUUCCUGAAAACACAGGCCUUACUGCAAUUCUAAAUAUGGGUCAAAGAAGAGAAAUUCAGGAAUAAAUCUGUAUUAAAUCCACAUACACUUGGAAACAGUAUAUCACAACAUAUUUUUAUUUGGCUAUCACAUUGUCACAUCGCCCAUCUCUGCAAACUUCUCUCACUCCCUGAAGUGCUUCUUUAUUUUGAGAUUGUGGUCAUAUUGCACUAAAUGCUUUAGAAUCAACAGUCAGUCACAUGGCACAUGGAUCUCCCAUUUGCACUUUCUACUGAAUCUCUCUGCCACGCCAUGAGCACGAAUUGACAUCAGCCUGUCUCAGUCAGUAAACAUAUAGAAAUAUAUAGAGACAUCAAUAUCCAGACCGACUGUUCACCUGGGAGCGAAUAUUUUCCCAGCAUCAUACACUGAAUGAAGUUACAAAACCAAAAAAAUGCAUCAUGUUUCCAGUGGUCGAGUUAUUUGCAUACAAAGCUGUGAAAUGCUUUUCAUGCCUUGCUUGAUUGUUUUUAAACUGACAUGUCAAGACAUCUUCUGCACGGAUUGAAGUCCUGAUUAGCCAAAUGCCGAUAUUACAGUUUCAUAUCACGGUAAUUGUUGAUCCAUGACAAUAUUGCAUUUAAAACAUCACUAAUGAUAAAAUACAAGACAAACUAUAUAAGACAAACUAGCUUGUAAUUCGGAAUAACACUGAAUAAUUUUUGGCUUGUUUGCAUAACAGUACAACAAUUUUAGAUUAAAUAAAAUGUGUAAAGACAAAUAUAAAAAUCUUAUAAUAACUGUUGAAUAUUUCGCUGUAUAUUGUACCUGAUUAUCGGCACAUUACUAGUCCUGAUAUUACCAAAAAAAAAAAGUGGUAAAUGACUGUAUUCUUGCAAUGCCACAGAACUACGCUGUGUAGUUUAAUAGCCAUUUGGAUUUUUAUUUUAACUUAUGAUGACUACUUUUCGUUAUCUGCUGUGUGAAGAUAUUUGCAUGGCUAAGACUGCCUUUUCCUGUGCUCUGUUUUGUCACUGUUGCCUUUGCUGGUACAAUGAAUGAUCACUAGAGGUGAUGAGCGAGAAACAGGGAUUAUUUUGAUACAGUGUUAACCGGCUAAAAUAAGGGCUGCAACUAUUGAUGAUUUUUUUUAAAAAUUAUUUUGCUUUAUAUUGUCUCGAAUAUUUGAGUAUUCUAUAAAGAAAAAGAGCAUGAGAUUUAAUUCUUGAAAUUCUUUGAAAUCCAGCAGUAGAAUAUAAAUCUAAUGAAAGACUCUUAUUCGGGACUGCACGUCAAAAUUGCAGAAAUUACCCACACCAAAUGAUAAACAACGCAGACCAAAAUGCUUGCAUAAUAAUAUGAUAAUAUGAUGCAGAGGUAAGAAAAAUCAUAAUAGAUGAUAUCAAAUGAUAAAUUCACAGUGAUAAAUUCAAAUAUUUACAAUAUAUUUUUGUGAAUCCAUUUAUUUCUGUAAAGCUGCUUUGUGACAAUGUCCAUAGUUAAAAGCGCUAUACAAAUAAAAUUGAAUUGAAUUGAAUUGAAAUGAUGAAAAAAAAUAUUUCAUUGCCUUGUAUGUGUUACGCCACACUUAUGUGGUGAUUAUCUUGCAUGUUAAUGGGAGAUUAACAUUACUAGUAGUUGAACUAUUAUAGUUGUAAUAGUUGAACUAUUUUACCGUUUGAUUUAAUUAUCAAAUUGCUCAAAUUUUUCAAGUAUCAGUUGCAGCCCUAGUUAAAAUAUAAGUGCUAUAAAUUCUCAGACUGUGAUAAUUGCUUAAACUUUAAUCACAGUUAGUAAUGUUGCCACAAUCUUGUAUUUCUUAAAAAAAAAAAAAAAAAGAACGGGAAAAAAAGACAAUUUUAUCUCCCAUGUUUUCCAACUUUCAUGGAAAUUUUUUAGCAGAAUUAUUGGAUUUCCAUUUCUGAGAAAGACAUUAAAUUAGUGAGCAAAAUAAUGAGCCUUGAAAGACAUCUCUGUUUCUUAUCCUGCUGAAUAGGACAGGUUUUAUCUAAGGAGCACAAACGCUACCUAGGCAAUGGAAAUUUUUAUGUGUGUUGAUUAUUGAAACAUAUUGUAGAACUGAUAAUCAGCACACUCUUAAUCCACACUUGGGCCACAUUUGCUUUCCAGGAAACCAGUUGCCCAGUGGAACACUUUAACAGUAUUUUACAUUUUACUUGUUGCCAUAUUAUAUGAUUAUUGCAGGUUUGACUAAGAUGGAAAAGUUGACAUUGUUUCAGUAUUGACCAGCGGCACAUUUUUACAGUAUUUUAAAGCUUCUUGUUGCCAAGUCAUUUUAUUGCUUUUGCGUGAAUACAAAGUGAAUAGGAAUGAGACAAGCUUAAGCAGGCCUUAAUGUGAAAUCCUUAAGCUGUGUUGCUCCAUCUGCUGAGCUUGAAUUAACUUUGUCUGGUAAAACAUUAGACUGUUUAUUAUCAUAUAGGAGUCCAGAGAGGCGAUGCAUUACAUUUUUAUUGUCCCCUAUGAAAACAUUCAUGCUUAAAGCUUAUAGCUAGUUUAUCCCGCAGUUAGACAUAGAAACUGUCAAAAUGUAGAACAAAACCAAAUUAAUGAAAUGUAUUUUGUUACAUUUUGAUAUUCUGUUUUUCACCUAUAUAUAUUAGUAUUGCAAACAUGCUUUAGAGCUACUACUAAAGCACAUUUUGGGUCUUGUUUACCAUUCUGGUAUAAAUAAAUAAGGAUGAGAAAUGACCCAAGUACACAUCUUAAAUGUGUUCUUGGGUCAUUCCUCAUCCUUAUUUAUUUAUACUUUUUGACUAACGUUCCUAUAAAUUCCUGAUGCAAACAAACCAAAUGUGGCAUUAACUAGACUAAUUAUUUUUCACUUCCAGAUCAGUCGUUUAAAUGGGACAGAAUAAUAACAAUAACGCAGGGCCUCUCUGGACCUGUGUAAAACACUACUGACCCCUCUACCUUUACACAUUUUGUCCUGUAGCUUUCCAGUCAUUUUUGUCACUACAGUACUCGUUUCAGAGAGAGGCAUGUGGACCAUAUGUAUUUUUUUCUUUUAAUCUGUUUAGUAUAAUUUAUACAGAAAGUGUUUUAUAGAUGUAAAUGAAUAUAUUACAAACUGUAUAUUGCAUAAAUAAAUGACAAAUGCUGAAUAAUUGUUGAGCCCAA